AUGCAAUUGCUACGACUGGUAAUAGCAUUGGCUAUUGUGCUAUGCUCUGUCGUCGUCAUUGCCGCAGAAGACUACUACAAAGUGCUUGGACUUGACAAGUCCGCAUCCGAGAGAGAUAUCAAGCGCGCAUACCGAACAUUGAGCAAAAAAUACCACCCUGAUAAGAACCCCGGCGAUGACAACGCACGCGAAAAGUUCGUCACAAUAGCAGACGCCUACGAAGUGCUAUCGACCAGCAAACUGCGCAAAGUAUACGACCAAUACGGCCACGAUGGCGUGGAGCAACACCGCAAAGGCGAAGCGGCCGGAGGCAGCCACGACCCCUUCGAUCUCUUCUCGCGCUUCUUCGGCGGAGGCGGACACUCUGGACACGCGCCUGGUCAUCGCCGUGGGCCGGAUAUGGAGGUCCGGGCAUCGCUUCCACUGCGGGAUUUCUAUAACGGGCGGGAGAUUGAUUUCCUGGUGGAGAAGCAGCAGAUUUGCGAUGCGUGCGAAGGGACCGGGUCUAAGGAUCAUCAGGUUGAGACUUGUGAUCGGUGUGCGGGGCGGGGAAUGGUUAUUCAGAAACAUAUGCUUGCGCCUGGGAUGUUCCAGCAGGUGCAGAUGCAGUGUGAUAAGUGUCAUGGGCAAGGGAAGCAGAUUAAGAACCCGUGUCAUGUGUGCAGUGGGAGUCGGGUUGUUCGGAAGCAGGUUGAGACGAGUGCGGUGAUUGAAGCGGGCAUGGGCAAGGGGACGAGAUUGGUAUUUGAGAAUGAGGCUGAUGAGAGCCCGGACUGGAUUGCUGGUGAUUUGAUUGUUGUUCUUGAUGAGAAGGAGGCAGAGCUUGGGAGUGAGGAGGAGGAGAAGACGGAUGGGACUUUCUUCCGGAGGAAGGGGAAGGAUCUUUUCUGGAAAGAGAGUCUUUCACUUCGGGAGGCGUGGAUGGGAGACUGGACUCGCAAUAUUACGCAUCUUGAUGGCCAUGUUGUUCGUCUUGGACGUUCUCGUGGCCAGGUCGUGCAGCCUUUGGCUGUUGAGACUGUCAAUGGCGAGGGCAUGCCGCAUUACUCGGAAGGUCAUUUGCAUGAUCACAACGAGAAUGAUGAACCUGGCAAUCUCUAUAUCGAGUAUACUGUCGUCCUGCCCGACCAGAUGGAGAGUGGGAUGGAGAAGGACUUCCACGCGCUCUGGGAGAAGUGGCGGAAGAAGAUCGGCGUUGAUCUGGCGAAGGACUCUGGCCGUCCGGUCGUGCCUCCGCCGGCGGAGGGGAAAGAUGAACUGUGA